UCAAUUAAUCUUAAGCUGCUUAUUUCGCUCUCAAAAAUUAAAAUAUUGAAUCGUUAAACUUUCGAACGAAGGGAAAAAAAAUCCUCGAUAAUUUCUCGCGUGUAGGCAGUUAAAUGUAUUUUAAUUAAAUUAUUAACAUUAAAAACGCGCCGUAUUAAUAUUAUUGAAGAAAAAAAAUGCAUAAAUCGAAAGCAAACUUUGUAUUGUUGCCACUUGUAUUGAGACGUACUGAAUGCACGAUCGUACAUAUUUAAAAAGAUGUAAAAAAAAUUGUUUUCCGCGUUUGGUGACCUCUAAACAAUAAUAAAUGCUUAGAGUGAAAAUGACUAGAGACUCUUUAGGCUGCAAGUAGUCGAUUCAAACUAAAACUAAUAUCUACACUUCAAUUAUUUAGGUAAAAGGAAAAGGCGCAACAUUCUGUUCAGUAAUUUUUCUAGAACUAUUGUUUUGUUUAUCUCGUUUGUAUUGUUGAAGCAGCUAGAUAAACUAAUGACAAACUGAUAGCUCAUCAUAAACUGCACAUUGCAAUAGAACACAAAGGGAACUUUAGACAAAAAGGGAAAUUUUCAUGACUGUGCUGUGAGAUAUUGUUUGAUUGUGCUCCAGGCGAUGUUGUUUGAACGAGUUCAAUUGUGGGUGUAUUAGAAAAGCUUCCAGACUCAUAAUGGAAAAUGCAAAUGAUGGAAAAUUUCUCUUAUUUAUUUCAUCAGAUGCAGAAAAUAAAAAUUGGCAACAGACGAUCUUAAAUAAUAAAUAAAAAAAAGAAGAUAGAAAGGCUUUCAAAUGAAAUAUAAAUUGGCUGAGUGAAGAUUGUCCAAUAAACGAUUUCAAAUGAAUAAUAAAAGCAUAAGCAAGCAGAGAGAUUUUCCAAAAU